UAUCACGAAUUAGAUAAGCGAUCAGUGGUAUCAAUAUAUAGGACACAUUGCUAAUGCUACGGCUCAGUAAUGUUUUGACAAUGAAGAUACUUCCUGUGUUAUUCUCUGUGCUGGCAAUUAGCUGGGCAGCACCUGGAUUUGUAGACGAGGACCCCUCGUUUAUGUCCGGUCGCAUUGUUGGCGGCAUCAAUGCGUUGCCCAAUGAGUUCCCGUCGAUGGUAUCGGUCCGGCGAGUAGUUCUCAUCGUGACAGCUCACGUUUGUGGUGGAUCGAUUUUGAACAACUUCUGGAUCAUGACGGCCGCCCACUGUAUAACGGAAUCCCCGCAGAACUCUCGUUUUGUCGUAUGGGCUGGAUCGCACGACUUCAACCAAAACGAGGCAACUCGGCAAGCGAUCAACGUGAUGAGUCACGCCAUUCAUCCGGACUAUGACGGAGGCGUUAAUCCAAGCGAUAUCGCGGUAAUGAGACUUCAGUCGCCCUUGACCUUUACGGCAGCGGUCCAACCGGUUGUUUUGCCGCCAGAUUUCAGUACACCACGACUCGGACCGGUUACGCUGGCAGGAUGGGGUAGCACCACGGGUGGCAGUACGUCAAUGCCAGCGAUUCUACAAAAGGUUGUGAAGCCGUUGAUCGAUUGGAACACGUGUGAACAGGCUAAUGGAGGACCAGGGGCUUCACCACUGGGACCCACCAAUAUUUGCACGGGUCCGCUGACCGGUGGGAUCUCGGCUUGCUCGGGUGACUCUGGCAGCCCACUGUACAUCAUUGAGAACGGUGUGCAGACUCAGGCUGGCAUUGCAUCCUGGGUGUGGAUGCCAUGUGGAACCAUUGGACGACCAUCGGUCUACGUUGGAGUGUCGCAUUAUUUGCCAUGGGUACGGCAACAGCUUGGUGGAUGAACAAUAAAGAAUUUUAGUAUUGGUCAUCAAA